GAGAGAUAUGGGGUUUUACCAAGAAUGCAUUGAAAUAAUGCUGUCUUUAACAGUAGAAUAUUGCACUCAGCUGUAAUUUUCAUCACAGAUAAGAAUAUGAGAUGACAAUAUCAAUCAUUACUUGCUUAAGUUGACUAUCAAAUACAAGAAAUAGAAGAAAGAAACACAUUCUUUCCCCAUGUUUCAUGUCGGAGAAACUUCCAAAAACUCCAAAAGCUUCCGCGUCAGUACUAGCUGAUUAACAGCUGUCGCAGAACCCAAGAUCUCACGAGCUCUCCCUAAAUUAAACUAAUUGCCAUUUCUUUAAUAUUUAUAUACCAACACUUUUACGUCAAUCAGUCUUCUUUCCCCACCGCUCCUCCUCAAAAUUCAACACAUAUGCACAAGUUUGCUUCCACACUAAUCACCCCACUUUGCCCGACUUCUCCCUAGUAGUUCCUGAACGUGGAAAUGGUGGAGUACUAAGAGACUGAUGGCCGUUAAGAAGAACAAUAUGCAGUUGAAAAUCCAUUUCUUGUUGCUGUUCUUCUGCUACUGCAUCGGUUCUUGUUCUUUUGGUCUUGCCAAGGUGGUUGAAAAAACCAACUUGAAUCAGGAAGUAUGGGCUUUAUUAUCCAUAAAGGCUAGUCUUCUUCAUCCAUUGAAUAGCCUUCAGGAUUGGAAAUUGCCAGACAACUUGGCUCUCAAGUAUUCGGCUCACUGUAACUGGACUGGAGUAUGGUGCAAUUCUGAUGGGGCAGUUGAAAAGCUUGAUCUCUCCCAUAUGAAUCUCAGUGGACGAGUUUCAGAUGAUAUCCAACAGCUGAAAAGCCUUACUUCUCUCAACUUGUGCUGCAACGAUCUGUCUUCUGCCUUGCCAAAAUCCCUAUCCAAUCUCACAUCACUCAACAGCAUUGAUGUGAGCCAGAAUUUCUUCACUGGCAGCUUUCCCGUGGGUUUUGGAAGAGCUUCAGGACUAACUUUGCUGAAUGCUUCUAGCAACAAUUUCGCAGGAGUUCUCCCUGAGGAUCUUGGCAAUGCAACUUCAUUGGAUACUCUAGACCUGAGAGGAAGUUUCUUCCAGGGUUCAGUUCCAAAAUCGUUCAAGAACUUGCGGAGGUUAAAAUUUCUAGGCCUUUCUGGAAAUAAUCUAACUGGUCAGAUACCAGGAGAGCUGGGGCAGCUUUCAUCGCUGGAGACUGUAAUUCUGGGGUACAAUGAAUUUGAAGGUGGAAUACCGGUUGAGUUUGGUAACCUCUCCAGUCUAAAGUACCUUGAUUUGGCAGUAGGCAAUCUUAGUGGCGAGAUUCCAGCUGAACUAGGGAGGCUCAAGUUACUAGAAACAGUUUUCUUGUACAAGAACAAUUUUAAAGGCAAGAUUCCACCAUCAAUUGGCAACAUUACUUCGUUGCAGCUGCUGGAUUUGUCUGAUAACGAUUUAUCUGGAGAGAUUCCUGCUGAGAUUGCCGAGCUGAAGAACUUACAACUCUUGAAUCUAAUGCGCAAUCAAUUAUCAGGCUCAGUCCCUGCGGGACUCGGAGGUUUGACACAAUUGGAGGUGCUUGAGCUGUGGAACAAUUUCUUGUCAGGCCCGCUGCCGAUUGAUCUUGGCAAGAAUUCGCCAUUUCAGUGGUUGGACAUAUCGUCCAAUUCCUUCUCUGGUGAAAUCCCCGCAACCUUGUGCAAUGGGGGCAAUCUCACCAAGCUCAUUCUAUUCAACAAUUCUUUCUCAGGUCCAGUGCCAGUCAGCUUAUCAACUUGUCUCUCACUUGUUCGAGUUAGAAUGCAGAAUAAUAUGCUUUCCGGAACAAUUCCAGUUGGACUAGGCAAACUUGGGAAGCUUCAGAGGCUAGAAUUGGCAAAUAACAGUCUCACUGGGGAAAUCCCGAAUGAUAUUGCUUCUUCUACAUCACUUUCCUUUAUUGAUCUUUCUAGUAAUCACCUCCGAUCUUCUCUUCCGUCUACCAUUCUUUCCAUCCCAAGUCUGCAAACAUUUAUUGCUUCAAACAAUAACUUGAUUGGUGAAAUCCCAGAUCAAUUUCAGGAUUGCCCUUCACUUUCUGUGCUUGAUCUCUCAACAAACCAUUUUACAGGAAGUAUUCCAGCGAGCAUUGCUUCGUGUGCGAAAUUAGUUACAUUGAAUCUGAGGAAUAACCAAUUGACUGGAGAUAUUCCGAGAUCAAUUGCCAUGAUGCCCACUUUGGCUGUUCUUGAUUUGUCUAACAACUCUCUAACAGGUGGGAUACCUGAUAAUUUUGGAACUUCUCCAGCUUUAGAAAUGCUCAAUGUUUCAUACAACAAACUAGAGGGUCCAGUUCCUGCGAAUGGUGUGCUAAGAACAAUCAACACAGAUGACCUCGCGGGCAAUGCUGGUCUCUGUGGUGCUGUUCUCCCCCCAUGUAACCGAUAUUCACCAACUUCAUCAAGGCAGAGAAGCUUGCGCACAAAGCAUUUUGUUGCUGAAUGGCUCAUUGGGAUGUCAUCAGUUUUAGCAGCUGGAAUCUUACUCAUCGGUGGGCGGUUGCUAUAUAAAAAAUGGUAUUCAAGUGGCAGUUGCUUCGAGGAAAGGUUAGAAGCGGGCAGUGGAGAAUGGCCAUGGAGAUUAAUGGCAUUCCAGAGACUUGGUUUCACAGCUGCUGACAUCCUAGCCUGUAUUAGAGAGUCAAACGUGGUUGGAAUGGGAGCCACUGGGGUUGUGUACAAGGCUGAGAUGCCACAAUCAAAUGCAGUUGUGGCUGUUAAAAAGUUGUGGAGAUCAGCAACUGAUAUUGAAACAGGAAACAGUGGAGAUUUUGUUGGAGAGGUGAAUCUCCUAGGGAAGGUAAGGCAUAGAAAUAUAGUUCGGUUAUUAGGAUUUCUUCAUAAUGAUACUAGCAUGAUGAUAGUAUAUGAGUUCAUGCAAAAUGGUAGCUUAGGAGAAGCCUUGCAUGGCAAACAAGCAGGUAGGUUGCUGGUAGAUUGGGUUUCACGGUAUAACAUAGCACUCGGAGUUGCACAAGGGCUUGCUUAUCUCCACCAUGAUUGUCAUCCACCUGUCAUACAUCGAGACAUCAAGUCGAAUAACAUACUGCUUGAUGCAAAUCUUGAGGCAAGAAUUGCUGAUUUUGGUUUGGCAAGGAUGAUGGUCAGAAAGAAUGAAACAGUCUCAAUGGUGGCAGGGUCUUACGGGUACAUAGCUCCUGAGUAUGGUUACACCUUGAAGGUUGAUGAAAAGAUUGACAUAUACAGCUUUGGAGUGGUUUUACUGGAACUUUUAACUGGAAAGCGGCCUUUAGAUCCCGAGUUUGGAGAAUCUGUAGACAUUGUGGAAUGGACUAGGAGAAAGGUUGGAGACAACAAAGCUAUAGAAGAGGUAUUAGAUCUCAAUUUAGGAAACUGUAAGCAUAUUCAAGAAGAGAUGCUGUUAGUUGUUAGGAUAGCACUUCUUUGCACUGCCAAGCUCCCCAGGGACAGACCAUCCAUGAGGGAUGUGAUUACGAUGCUUGGUGAGGCAAAGCCUCGGAGAAAAAGCAUUAGCAACAAUGACGGUAAUGCGUCUAGCAAAGAGAAGCCAGUGCCGGUCUUCAGCACAUCACCUGUAAAUGGCCUCGUGUAGGAAAAACAGAAGCGUUCUCUCUCCGACCCCCUUAUUUUGUCAAAAUUAGAAAUACUUGUUUGUAUGUAGCAUUGUUUUUGUUAAUGCUUGUAAUCACUGAAUCAUAUGGCUGUCCACAAAAUUAACGGGUACAUCAACUGGAUUUCUCCUGCAAAUAAAGUUCCAUGGGGGAGUCAGGCAAGCAGAUAAAUCCCUUGUACCUGAAAUUGUUACUUCUCAUUGUCAAAUGUUUUUUUUUUUUGGUAAUA